UUGAGCAGCACCUCAGAGGAGAAAGGCAGAACCGACUUUCUUCUGGAAGACAAAAUGAAUACAACCAACUGCGUAACCAGACAUAAGGACUUAUUUGAACAUAAAAUUCUGUCUGCUCUUUACAUUUUUGUAUUUGUUGUCGGACUGCUGCUGAAUGUCUGGGGAAUUAAAUCUUUGCUGCACAACUGGAAGAAACUUCGGAUUAUUAACAUUCUUGUUCUUAACCUUGGACUAGCAGACAUGUUGUAUCUGCUGACUCUCCCCUUUCUGAUUGUGUACUAUCUCAACGAAAGCAAAUGGAUCUUUGGAGAACCUUUCUGCAAGAUGACAAGAUUCUGUUUUAAACUGAAUUUAUACGGCAGCAUCGGAUUCCUCACCUGUAUAAGUGCGUACCGAUACCUGGGCAUUGUCCAUCCAAUGAGAGUAAAGGGGAGGCUGACUUCAACUCACUCUGUAGUCAUCUCAGUCCUGGUGUGGAUUUCUGUAAGUGCUCAAAGUAUUCCAGACAUGAUGUUCCCCAAACAUUCAGAGAACAUGACUGGACAAUGUUAUGAUACAACUGAUUUGAAAAAUGUGGAGAAAUACCUGCACUACAGCCUCAGCUGGACGUUCAUUGGGUUCUUUAUCCCGUUCGUCGUCACCGUGGGCUGCUAUGGACACGUGACUCUUGUUGUCUGCCGCUCAAAAACGGUGAAGAAGAAUCGGAAACAACAAAUCUUAAAACUGAUGGUUUUAUUGCUUCUUCUCUUCUCACUUUGUUAUGCGCCCUACCAUGUUUUCAGGAACCUCAACCUGUAUUCCAGAGUUCAGUUUACCAGGGAGAUUUGCCCCACGUGGAAUUCUGAAGUUUUCAUUGCACAUCAGGCAAGUCGCGGUCUCGUGAGCCUGAACAGUGCUCUGAACCCCCUGGUUUACUUAAAUGUAAAUAAGGAUAUGAGUCUUCAGAUGAAGCAGCUGUUGUAUCAAGGUUCACAGCCUUUCAGACGUUUGCUCAAGUCCAGAUCCAGUACUUCGCCGGUGUCACAGAGUGAGGAAGAAGCUGCCAGUUCUUUUUAAGAGAAGGACCGGGAACCAGUGACUCCAGUGCGCGGCCUCCUGUCCUGUACGGAGACGCCAUCACAGUUUGGCGCAACGUGAGCCAUCCUCUCCUUCCAAACAGACUCCAGGACCUGUCAUGGAUGGUGGCUCAUGGAAUCCUC